AUGACUUUGAGGCUGCAAGUUAUGACUUCCUUCUUUUACUCUUUGAAGAUGUUCACUGGUGUUUAUGACUAUUAUUUGAUUAAUUAUUGUUUCAGUACAUCGAGAAUCUUGUCAUGUUUCAUUACUCUUGCUCCUGUACAGAAUCUUGGUCAGUUUAAAGUGCACUCUGGAGGGCUCGCAUGGAAGAGACAAGGUGGAGGAAAGACAAUUGAGAUCGAUAAAGCUGAUUUAACUUCUGUGACAUGGAUGAAAGUCCCCAGGGCAUAUCAGCUUGGAGUCAGAAUCAAAGAUGGCCUGUCCUACACAUUUAUUGGCUUCCGCGAACAGGAUGUAAGCAGCCUGAUCAAUUUCAUGCAAAAGAAUUUGGGCAUCUCACCAGAUGAAAAGCAGUUAUCUGUUGGUGGUCACAACUGGGGAGGGAUUGGCAUAGUUGGAAGCAUGCUUACCUUUAUGGUUGAAUCGAAGCAAGCAUUUGAAGUUUCUCUAGCAGACGUCUCACAGACCCAGAUACAAGGCAAAACAGAUGUUCUCUUGGAGUUCCAUGUUGAUGAUACUACUGGUGCUAAUGAGAAAGACUCGCUCAUGGAUAUGAGUUUUCAUGUACCCACGUCAAAUACUCAAUUUCCUGGAAACGAGAAUCGUACUUCAGCUCAGAUACUGUGGGAGGCAAUACUUGCUAGGGCUGAUAAUGGUUCCGGCUCUUCUGGAGAGGCAGUUGUCACCUUUGAAGGAAUAGCUAUUCUUACACCAAGAGGACGAUACGCCGUUGAGCUUCAUCUUCCAUUUCUGCGCCUUCAAGGACAAGCUAAUGAUUUUAAAAUCCAAUAUAGCAGCAUUCUUCGCCUCUUUGUUUUGCCAAAGUCAAACAACCCUCAUACAAUUGUGGUUGUCACUCUUGAUCCGCCAAUCCGUAAAGGACAAACGCUAUAUCCUCACAUUGUCAUUCAGUUUGAGACGGAUACAGUAGUUCAAAAAAACAUGAAAUUAAGCAGAGAGUUGCUUGAUGAAAAAUACAAGGAUAGGCUAGUGGAAUCUUAUCAGGGUCUAGUACAUGAGGUAUUCGUCAAAGUCCUCCGCGGUCUUUCUGGUGCUAAAGUCACAAGGCCGGGUUCUUUCAGAAAUUACAAAAAUGGAUAUGCAGUUAAAUCAUCACUCAAAGCUGAAGAUGGACUGUUGUAUCCACUUGAAAAGGGUUUCUUCUUUCUGCCAAAGCCCCCUACACUCAUUUUAGAUGAAGAGAUUGAGUUUGUUGAAUUUGAACGGCAUGGUGCUGGUGGCGCCAGUAUGUCAUCUCAGUAUUUUGACCUCCUGGUCAAGCUAAAAAAUGACCAAGAGCAUCUCUUCAGAAAUAUUCAGAGGAGUGAAUACCGUAACCUCUUCAACUUUAUCAAUGGAAAGGGCUUGAAACUAAUGAACCUUGGAGAUGGUCAAGGUACAAGUGGUGUCACAGAUGUUCUACAGGACACUGAUGAUGUUGCUCCUGAUCCACACCUAGAGAGAAUAAAAAAUCAGGCCGCGAGUAGUGAGGACAGUGAUGAAGAGGAUGAAGAUUUUGUUCUGCAUAAGGAUGAUGGCGGAUCUCCUACUGAUGAUUCUGGUGGUGAGGAAUCAGAUGCUAGUGAAAGUGGUGGCGGAAAACAGUCAUCCAAAAUGGAAGCCCGUAGUUCAAAGCCACCUGUGAAAAGGAAGCCUAAGGGCAAGGAUGGCGAAGGUUCAGGGAAAAGGAAGCCUAAGGGCAUGGAUGGCGAAGGUUCAGAGAAGAGGAAACCAAAGAAGAAGAAAGAUCCUAACGCCCCCAAAAGACCAAUGAUGCCAUUCAUGUAUUUCUCAAUGGCUGAGCGGGCAGGUGUGAAGGGCAGCAAUCCAGAUUUGGCUCCAACCGAUAUUGCAAAGAAGCUUGGCGAGAUUUGGCAAAAGAUGUCAACCGAAGACAAGCAACCUUACAUUCUGCAGUCUCAAGCCGACAAGAAGCGGUACGAGAAGGAAUCUGCUGCCUACCGCGCUGCUGCCCCAGUGGACGUGGACGCCGGGUCCGGCAAUGGCUCUGACUAG